ACGCAGACCACGGCCGCCACAAGAGGACGUCAUUUUCCCAUUCGAUCCAUGACGCGCCCCAAGUGCCGCAACGCGUACCAGCGCAUGAUGCAGCGUCGGUACAAGCAAGCCCACCUCAAGCUCCGUGGCGAGCUUAUCGAGACCGCCGCGCUCCUCGAGAAGCACCUCGCACUGCGCCGCGCCACGCCGAUGGUGUCGUGGAAAGAUAUUGCAGACGAGCUCCGCACCGACAUCGACCGUCUCCAAGAAGAAAAUGUGACCCUUCACAGCUUCAUGCCGAUGCCGGGCAACUGCAACAGCUACCAGAACUGCAAGGACGUCACGGGCAAGAGCGGCUUCAACGUGCCCGUGUACGUGACGCCCACCACCAACGCGGGCCAGGGCUCGUGCACGGAGCUCCGCGUCACCAAGGCCGACUCGGGUGACGCCUAG